AUGUCUCGAGAGCCAAUUGCCGUCUAUUUGCUCAGCAUUCCAUUUAACUGCGCAGUUUUUCUCACCAAAUCUUCUGUGAAGAUCCUAUCUGUUCUGCUGACAAAUUUUAUAGAAGUAUACAUAGUUCUUCUUCAAGCAAUAAACUUCAGACGAAGCUUUAUCGAAUGGAGCAUUAGUGGAAUUCUCAAAACUGGACUCAUUUUUGUGACAGUUUUUGCGUAUUUAUGACUGUGAAUUCUAGCAAUUUAUCUAUUAUGACACCAAGAACUGGCUGCUUUAUCCUUGGCCUUCACAGUUUUAGAAAUUAUAGUUACCAUCUACUUAAUACAAAAGAGCUUAUCUCUAAUCCCAUCGCGCAGAAAAACAGAACUCAAGAAUUUAAUUGUUUCAGGCUUAAAAGACUUCACUUCAUUUAUCCUGACAAUAGUGGCUGUUUUUUCAGUGCUUGGGAUUUUCCAUAUGAAUGGAGUGCCGAAGACUGCUGAUGCAUAUUUUCAGUUCAUCUUGAAGGUAAUCAAAGAAGAAGUAAUUGAUCUUGCGAAAUCUCCAUUCCACAUCAUUCUAUUAAUCUUCCCUUGGAGAUAUUAUUUAUACAUUAAUGACAAGAGGACUUUGUCUUUUUUUGAGACAAUCAGAUUAGCUGUUUAUCAUUUUUUCCAAGGAGCCAUUGAUUUGCCUUUUAUUGUUAUGCUUGCAAUUGAGCUUUGCUCACUUCUCUGAGCGAGUAAAAUCAUUGGAGAUCUCUAUUUCUUGAAAAAAACAAUUUUAUAUAAAAAUAUUAUAUAUUAUCACAAAAUUUCUAGGUAAUUCUAUUAUAUUUUAAACAGCUUAGCUCCAAAUAAAUUAAAUUAAUUUUUAUUUUCCAUUUUUUGAAUGGGGAUUAUUUCGAAUAAAAUUUAUAUUUAAAAAUAAAUACCCUUUCAAAAAAUUUGCUCACUCAUAGAGAAGGAGUCAGUGAUUCAAUCAGGAAGAGCAUAUAAGCUCAUUAGUCAGCAAAAGUUAAGUAGAGAAGCAAUUUUCAAAGGAAUGGUGAGGCUAGUUUUAUUGAUCGUUGCAUUUUUGCUAUCUAUUGUGAUUAUCUGCACUAUUGUCAGAUCUAUUGCAUUUUUUGCCACUUUUGGCAUAGAUAAAAGAAAGCAGAAAAAGAAAGAAAUUGAUUACUUCUUUGAAAUCUGCAGCCACGCAUUUGACAUUUUGCUUUUCCCACUUAUUCUAUUUGAGGCCCUGAUUGUUAUAAUUCCUUUUUAUAGACUAAGCCAGCUGGAAUUCAAUUUAAGUAGCUUCCUCAGCAAGAGCGAGAGCUACCGAAAGACUGCAGGAGACCUUUUUAAAGAAGUAAAAAAUGAGCUAAAAGACCUUUUUUGUCUUUUCUUAUUUAUGCUAACUUUGCCUCUUUUAUGAAGGUCAUUGCCAUUUAUUUUCAAGAAAAAGCAGGAAAGCUGAAGAAAGGAGGUGCUAAGCUUAGCUAGAAUCUGUUUUUUUGAUUUAUUUGGCUUUUUUCUAUUCCUUAUUAUACUUGGAACGCUAUACAGGAUCAGAUUGAUAUCUAAGAGGCGAAAAUCUUAUAAAGAAAAACACUUUUUAUUUUUAAUGAAGGCAGUAUGUUGGGAAAUUUACCAAGACAUUCUUAUUUCUCCAUAUAUCCUUAUUAUGAUUCUGACUCCUUGGAGACUUUUUUACACUUUUUCAUUUAUUUUUGGCAUCAGUAACCUCAAGAAGCAAAGACAACAUAUAAAGGAGAACGGAUUUCGGCCUAUUGAAGACUAUUUGACCUUGAUAUUUAGUAUAAUCCUCUUUCUCUCCGUUUGGCGAACAGCAGAAAUUGCAUCAAUCAUAAUAACUCACAUCAGACAAAUUUGGCACGAAGAGCAAGUUACUUCUUCCCUAUUCCGAAAAGUCUUCAGGAAGUUUGUGCAGCUAUUAAUUGACGUGAUGAUGUUUUUUAUCAUAUGCCUUAUCUUUCUGAUGCUGAUUGAAAUCCCAAACCUUUUUAGGCGAAUUAAGAUGUUCUGCUUACUAUACAAAGACAGAAGAGGAAUCAUCCUAUUCAGCUACGUCAAGUCACUGCUACCUAAACCAAAAAAUCAAGUCGCCAAGAAAAGUGUGGUCGAUAAAUUGAACAAAAACGUAUUUUUCAAUGUCUCAUCAUUUUUAGACAUAGAAAGCUUGGGCAAUGUUGCUCAGGCCAAUAAGAAGUUCCAUGAUUUAACAAGCUUUGCACCAGUUUGGAAAAAUCAAUAUGAAGCAUACUGGAAGCCACACUUGCCAGAAAGCUCGGUUAAAGAGAUUGAGUGGGAAGAUAACUAUAAGAGGCUUGCAGUGGAAGGAUUUUUGAAUUAUAAAGAGCAGAAUAGGAUGGUGAACUUGUCUGAGCAAGAAAGAGAUUACAGGAUGGGAGCGAGGGCGAUUAUUUUAGAAGAAUUCGUUAUAGCGUCUGCACAGCUAUAGUGUGCCUUGAUUCAUGCUUCUCUACAGCAGCUUGGAGCUCUGAUGAGCUAACUAAAGGGAAUCCUUGUAAAAAGGAUGUGUUUUGCCCACUUGGAGUUGACUUGUGACCUUUAGGUAGCUCAUCAAAGCUCCAAGCUGUGUAGAGAAGCAUACGUCAAGGCACGCUAUAAUGGUGCAAACACUAUAUGAGUCUAUUCAGAUUCCCUCACUUAUUGGUGCUACCACUAAAGCUAACUACCUAUCUUCUUUUGAAGAAAGACUACAAAGCUUAUUUUGCUAAUCCAAGAUACCCAUUUCUCCAGUACAAGCUUUAUAUGGGCUAUAACUCUUCCGCUGAUUAUGUCUCAUCAAGGAUCAUCGCAAAUUUCGAACCAAAUGUGCAGAAUUCAACGAGUUUCCACAAGAUUCAGUUGAAUUUUCCAUAUGGAGCUUCCAUGCUACUGCUAAUUAUUGUAGAGCAUUUUGCAUUUAUAGUGUGCACUAUUGAUUUUUGGAUCUUAAAAGCUUUAUCAUUUGGGUCAGCAAUUCCUCUGCAAGGCUUAGUGAUGGCAACAAAUCCUCCAAAAUACAAGUUCAUAGCCUUUUUCUUGCAGUUGAUCAUGACUAUUAUUAUUGUUCCUACAAAGAUAUUCAUAGUCUUUUCCCCCUAUUUGCUUGCCUGGCAUUUCAGGCCUGAUUUUUACGAGCUAUGGUAUCCUUGUUAUAAUCUAUCUUUUGCUUUUAUUGUUGCAGUAAUGUGAACCAAUAUCGCUACAGUGGCUGUCUACAUGCCUCAUUUCCCUUAUUUCAGGCCUCAUCUGACCUUCAAAUAUCUCUUCUAUUUUUUCAUCAAGAUCACAUCAAAAAUCUGCAAAGUGCUAGAAAUUUUUUAUCGUAUAAUCAAACCAAGUGGGAAAAUCUUCGGAGCUUAUAAGAAAAUUCUAAUAAUCAGUGGUAGCUUUUUAAAGAACUGGGGACUUCUCGGAGAUUUGAUUUAUUCUCCACUUGUGUUCAUAUGAAUUUUUUGGCCUCUCACAAUUCCCUACUUUUUCAAUAACUGGAACUAUUUAAUCCCAGCUAUGCCAGCAACAGUUUUUCUGCUCAUAAAGGGAUACUCCACUGCUAAGAAUACCUGGACUGGCAGUGACAAAAAGAAUAAUUAG